AUGACUCUCUUACAUAGGCAAUUGAAGCCCAUGGGCAAAUCGCUCGCUUAUUUAUCAAGAUAUUCUGCUAGACAUCCGAUUCAUAUUAUAUUAGUUUCGCUCCUGAUUUCCGCAGCUGCAUAUUUAUCUGUUAUUCAAUAUUACUUCAGUGGAUUACAAUUGGGACCAAAUAGCAUAUUUUCGUUAACAGAGACCGAUCCCGAUAGGUUUUUUCAGGAGUGUACUCACUAUUAUAAAGAGCCCUCAAAUGAUGUUUGGACUCUACUUUCUUCUGAAGAAGCAAAGACAAGACAAGCUUCGCAGCAUUUUUAUUUAUUCGAUUUAGAUUUUGAGACAAAAAACUGUUCAAUCUCUUUACCUGAGCCACAAAAUACCAUAUACAAAACCGAAUUUCAUAAAUUCGUUUUGAAAAAACAACCUGAAAUUAAUGCUGACUUAACAUCCGCUGAUGGUACCCUUUGGAGGUUAAGAAAGUACAGAAAUCGCUUGAUAGAAAUCAGGCAAUUUGUCUUUACACUUUAUGAUACUUUUAGAGAUAAAAUUACUGAUGCAGAGCCAUUCGAUGUUAUAAUUGUUGGACUAGCAUAUUUAACGAUGUUCUACAGCAUUAUUGGUCUGUUUACCGAGAUGAGUAGAACGGGUUCAAGAUUUUGGUUAAGCUUAUCAGCUAUUCUGACUUCAGCAUGUUCGCUCUUUUUGGCGUUAUACACUUCACAAGCAAUUGCAAAAAGACCAGUUACGGCACUAAGUUUAAUUGAAGGGUUACCAUUUGUUGCGGUAGUGGUUGGGUUCAAACAUAAAGUUAAAUUGGCUUCUUACACUUUAGCCAAGUUUGAUAAAAUUGGGAUAUCCAAAAAAAUGACCACCGACAAAGCGAUUUUUGAUGCAAUGUGCGAAGAAGGUGGCCGCCUGUUACAAGAUCAUCUAUUAUGUAUUAUAGCGUUUGUCGGUUGUUCAAUCUAUGCCAGACACUUGGAAGCACUAACCAAUUUUUGCAUUUUAUCGACAUUCAUUUUAAUAUUUGAAAUUCUAUUGACAGCAACCUUUUUUUCAGCUGUGUUAGCAUUGAAGUUAGAGAUUAACAUGAUCCAUAGAUCGACAAUAAUCAAGCAGACUUUAGAAGAGGACGGCGUUGUUCCCACAACGGCUGACAUCAUUUUUGGUGUCGAAACAAAAUCCAAGACAUCUGUUUUACAAUCAAAUGCGGCAGUUAACUUUGUUAAGUUGUCCCUAAUUGCGCUUUUCUUUAUUGUGAAUUUCUAUAACUUUGGUUCAAGAUGGGCCUCGGAGACUUUUGCAUCUCUUUAUUCGAACAAAGUAAAUGCAUCGCUACCGGAAUUCAUCAAAUCGAAUAGUAGUAGCAGUCUGACUGAACAGGUUAUCAUCUCUAUUGCCCCAGUUCAAUAUUAUAGGCCUAUGAAGGCUUACCACCAGUUUGAAGAUACAAUUUUACUUUUAUUACGUCAUGUUAGUGUUGCAAUCCGUGAUCGAUUUAUCAGUAAACUAGUUUUCUUUGCAUUAGCAAUUAGCGCAACCAUAAACAUAUAUUUAUUGAAUGCAGCCCGAAUCCAUACAAGCUUUACCGCUGAUGAGUUGACCAAAAAGAAGGCAACUAAGCAAAAGAACGUCUCAGAGAAAACUGAUAUAUCAUUAGCCAAUUUGAAAAAGUCUCCUAAUGCUCCUGUCACGGCACUUUCGAACUCCAGUACGGUGUAUUUUUCCACUUCAGAUGAGGAAGAAACGGAUAGCGAUUCGGCUGCUCAAUCAAUGCGUUCGAUUGAGGAGCUCGAGAAGGUUCUGAAAAAUGGUGAUAUUCGUAGUUUGAAGAACAGAGAGAUUGCGUCUUUGGUUGUAAAUGGUACGUUGCCGCUAUAUGCUUUGGAGAAAAAGCUUUCUGACACUACUCGUGCUGUUGCCGUCCGUCGUAAGGCUUUGGCCAAUCUCGCAGACGCCCCUGUUCUUACAACAGAGCGUUUACCGUACAAGAAUUAUGACUAUGAUCGUGUUUUUGGUGCCUGUUGCGAGAAUGUGAUUGGCUAUAUGCCAUUACCUGUUGGUGUUAUUGGUCCUUUGGUCAUUGAUGGCGUUUCCUACCAUAUUCCUAUGGCAACAACCGAAGGCUGUUUGGUUGCAUCAGCCAUGCGUGGUUGUAAAGCAAUCAACGCAGGUGGCGGCUGCACUACAGUUCUGACCAAAGAUGGUAUGACUAGAGGUCCGUGUGUUCGUUUCCCUACCUUGACUAGAUCCGGUGCAUGCAAAAUUUGGCUGGAUUCCGAGGAAGGUCAAAAUAAAGUUAAGAAGGCAUUUAAUUCUACCUCAAGAUUCGCUCGUCUACAACAUAUUCAAACUGCAUUGGCAGGCGAUCUGUUAUUUAUUCGUUUCAGGACUACAACAGGAGAUGCAAUGGGUAUGAAUAUGAUCUCAAAAGGUGUAGAGUUUUCACUGAAACAAAUGGUAGAAGAGUAUGGCUGGGAUGACAUGGAAAUUGUUUCUGUUUCAGGUAACUAUUGUACUGAUAAAAAGCCCGCUGCAAUCAAUUGGAUUGAGGGUCGUGGUAAGAGUGUUGUCGCAGAAGCAACCAUACCAAAGGAAAUUGUGAAGAGUGUCUUAAAAAGUGAUGUAUCAGCUUUGAUUGAAUUAAAUAUCUGUAAGAAUUUGAUCGGUUCUGCAAUGGCAGGCUCUGUUGGUGGGUUUAAUGCACAUGCAGCUAAUUUAGUCACUGCAGUUUAUCUGGCUGUUGGUCAAGAUCCUGCACAAAAUGUUGAAAGUUCUAAUUGUAUGACUCUAAUGAAGGAAGUAAAUGGUGGUGAUUUAAGAAUAUCCGUCUCAAUGCCAUCGAUUGAAGUCGGCACGAUAGGUGGCGGUACUAUUCUAGAGCCUCAAGGUGCCAUGCUUGAUUUAUUAGGUGUCCGCGGUCCACACCCUACUGAACCUGGCUCCAACGCACGUCAAUUAGCUAAAAUCGUUGCAUGUGCAGUUAUGGCCGGAGAAUUAUCAUUAUGUUCCGCAUUAGCUGCCGGACAUUUAGUCCAAAGUCAUAUGGCGCAUAAUAGACCACAAGCUGCUCCAAAAGCAUUACCUAAUGAUAUUAGUGUGUUAAAGGAAGGUGCCGUGACCUGUAUUAAAUCAUAA